AUAGACGUUGCUUCAACACGCUCUCUCUCUCUCUGGCCUUCAACGGCUUUCUCGUCUGCACCAAUGUUAAAACCCUAGAGUUUUUUCUCUGGAAAAUGAUUUGCCUAGAAAAUUCCCAAUUGUGAAUAGCAGAUUCACCCAAAAAUCUCACUUGUAAAACGGUAAAUAAAGAAAAUCUUUAGUGAAGUGAUAGCUCGAGAGACCGCAAUGGCAGAGGUCGAUCUAUCGAAGAAAGUGGCCGAUAGAUAUCUGAAGCGCGAGGUCCUCGGUGAAGGUACCUAUGGAGUCGUCUACAAAGCCAUUGAUACUCAGACCGGACAGACAGUUGCUAUUAAAAAAAUUCGGCUUGGGAAGCAAAAGGAAGGGGUGAAUUUUACAGCACUUAGAGAAAUUAAACUGCUAAAAGAGCUGAAAGAUCCAAAUAUAAUUGAGUUGAUUGAUGCAUUCCCCCAUAAAGGAAACUUGCAUCUUGUGUUUGAGUUCAUGGAGACAGACCUUGAAGCUGUUAUACGUGACCGAAAUAUAUUCCUAUCACCAGCUGACAUAAAGUCAUAUCUUCAGAUGACAUUAAAAGGACUUGCUUUUUGCCACAAGAAAUGGGUUUUACACAGGGAUAUGAAGCCUAACAACUUGUUGAUAGGACCUAACGGACAGCUUAAACUUGCAGAUUUUGGUUUAGCACGAGUAUUUGGGAGCCCAGAUCGCAGGUUCACUCAUCAGGUCUUUGCUCGAUGGUAUAGAGCACCUGAGCUGUUGUUUGGCACCAAGCAAUAUGGGUCUGGGGUGGAUGUAUGGGCUGCAGCUUGUAUAUUUGCUGAACUUCUCCUACGCAGACCAUUUUUGCAGGGAUCAAGUGAUAUUGAUCAACUAGGUAAAAUUUUUGCGGCUUUUGGGACUCCAACACCUUCUCAAUGGCCUGAUAUGGUAUUUCUUCCUGAUUAUGUGGAAUACCAAUACGUUCCAGCACCCCCUUUGCGGUCAUUGUUUCCAGUGGCUAGUGAUGAUGCCCUGGAUUUGUUAGCGAAGAUGUUUACUUAUGACCCAAAAGUUAGGAUAUCCGUGCAGCAGGCAUUAGAGCACAGGUACUUUACAUCUGCGCCUCUGCCUACUUAUCCAGAUAAACUUCCUAGACCUGCUCCAAAGCGAGAAUCUGUUAAUUCUAAGGUUUCAGAUUUUAAUCCAAAUGAUGGUCCAACUGUGUUGUCACCUCCACGAAAGUCAAGGAGAGUGAUGCCAGAUCGUGAGGGUUUUGAAGGAAAUGCAUACCAAGGUGAUAGGAUUGAUGAUCGUGUUGGUGAAACAAGACAAGCUGCUGGUGAAAAUACAAGCAGGAAUGAACCGGUGCCAAUGUCAGUAGAUUUUUCUAUCUUUGGAGCAAAACCUCCAAAUAGACCUACAAUUACUAGUGCUGACAGAACGCAUCUAAAGAGGAAACUAGAUCUUGAAUUCCAACAGCCUGAAUAAGCACAUUUGAUAUACAGAAUCAUAUAUAUUAUUUGUUAUAGAGGUGUAAGAUUGAUGUUCCCACACUAAUGAGGUAUGUGGCUAAUGUUUGAAGUAUGUUGUGAUAUGCAGUUGUCUCCAUUUUAUUUUAUAUAUCUGCUUGCAAGGUUUUCAUUGGCUAUUCUGUCGAGAUUAUAGGGAGGAGACAGUAUUCAGUGAAGUCGAAGAUAAACACGAUGCAGAAUUAUGUUUGGGGGCUUAAAAAUAAUUGUGAUAAACAUGAAACAGAGAAUUUGUACCAUGGCCCAUGUAAGGCUAAAUUUUGAGGGCUCUUCGUGUUGUCUCUUUUUUUUUUUUUUUUGCUUCUUCUUUCGUUCUUUCACUUUUUCUUUUGUAUGAUUUUAUUGUUUAGCUGAUGGCUGAGAUUAGUCUAAUUGUUCAGGGUAAUUACUAAUUAGGUCACCAACAUUUAUUCUGUUAUUGAACUAUAUACCUUGUAUUUUUUAAGACGAGAGACUCAAAUGUACUGGAACCAGGUUGUCUUUUU